AAUUCCAGUUUAUACUCGGACGCUGUAGAGUGAACACGUACUCGAGAGUGCUGGUCAGUUUAUAAACGGUUUGCUCACACUUUGUGUGAUUUUUUUUCUUUUGUCAAAGCGGAAUCUAUUCAACGAAUAGAUAAAAUGGAAACUAGAAAGAAUACGAUGAAACUGGUGUUUGCUCAGUCGGCAAAGCUGCCGAUCCAUCUGGAUGUUCUCCGGUUCUUGAUGCGCGUCCUGAAAAUUCCGGCUACAGAUGUCCACUCGGUGUACAAAGAUGAAAACGACCAACGGUUCUACGUGAAAUUUAUCGACGAGACUAGCUUCAAUCGGUUCAGCAGUACCAUGGAGGAGCAAUACUGGUUCGAGUACGCGGAUGGAGAAAGGACCCGGAUACAUCUCGAAAUGGCGAGCAGACAGUUCAAGUAUGUACGAAUUUUCAAUUUACCCCCUGAAACGGAGGACAAGGACAUUGCGGCAGUGCUGGGGCAGUUUGGAAAGAUUCGUCAACACGUGCGCGAGAGGUAUCCCGCAGAAUUCGGUUAUCAGGUGUUCAGUGGCGUAAGGGGAAUCCACAUCGAGAUUGAAAAAGAGAUCCCAGCGAACUUGUACAUCGGCCACUUUCGUGCGCGGCUUUAUUAUGAAGGGUUAAAAAACAAGUGUUUCUUCUGCAAGGCGGAGGGACACAAUAAGGUCAACUGUCCCAAGCUGGCUGAACAAGGUGUCUCUGGUCCAGCCAACAGUCGACUAUACAGUCAAGUGGCAGCGAAUCUGCGGAUAGCAACGAGUUCCAGUGAAAGCGAAAUCAGACCGUCAUCGUCGAUGACGGUGUUCCAAGUCCCGAAGCACCCUAGUUCGACGGCGACCACGGAUAAAACGGAAAAGACAAACCCGAGCGAAAUCAUGACGACGAGUACAGAUCAGGCGGCUGCUGAAAAAGUGGCCGCAAUCCAGGCGGUGGAGAAGGAAUCAGUGAGACAAAAGGGUGUCGAUGUGCAAGUAACGAACACUAGCAGCGGAGGCCAAACCAGUUCGAUGGAGACGGGCGAUACAUCACGCGCACACACGGAGGAGUCCGGUGUGAAACGACCACCAGCAUCUACAUCAGAAUACGACAGUUCGGACGUGGAGAAGGGAAAAGUUGUCGUAACGUUCAUUGAGUGAUCAUGCCGUAUAUAAGGAAGUUAGCUACAAUUAAUUUGAAUGCGAUUAGCUGCCGGGUUAAACAACACUUGCUGAAGGAGUUCGUAUGGAACAACGAUCUUGACGUUGUGUUCAUGCAAGAGGUAGCAUUUGAAAUUUUUUCGUUUCUGCCAACAC